AUGAGCCUCGACCGAUCUCUUCAGGCUUCGGGUGGGGCUCCUGGGGUGACGCAGGACGAGUUUACGUUUGCUUCAAACCCGGAUCCUCCUAUUGCUCCCUCUACUCAGACCGUUCCAUUGGGCUCUACCUGUGGAGAGGACAAGGGAGCCUUCCCCCCCGUCUCUAAUCAUAUCAUGAGUGCGGUGCGCAGCGCCUUGGGCUCGAGCGGGGUACUGGCGACAGACAACAGGACCCAGGACAAUGACGCCACAGGUAUAGACCGAAGAAGGGCCUCAGCGAAGCCAAUAUCGGAUACAAAUUCUGUGGCUCGCGAGCUCCAUGCACUAGGCCUGGGCACAGUUUCUCGUCUCGUCAGCGAAUUCUACGAGGAGUGCUUCCCUUUAUAUCCAGCAGUUGACAUUGCCAGUGUGCAAAGCCACGUGAAUUCGCUUUUCUCUCCAGCACAAUGGUCCCGAGACACGAGAACCGAAUCAUUAUCCAUGGAUGAUCUGGAUAUGUUAAAGGCCAUCACAGCAAUCGCCAUGCAGUUCUCGGACGACCUGCAAAGUCCCCUGAAAUACAACCUACUAAAGUACCUCAACUGGAACACCAAUCUAUGCGUGUACGAUGGCGCACUGGCAAUCGAAGAUAUUCAGAUUAGCACAUUAAUUGCCAUGCGGUUCGUCGGCUUUGCAUCAAGAGGCUGCUUUGAGCUAGGUCUCCACAAGAAAGGGACGUACGAGGCCACAGACCCGGAGAGAGCACGAUUCCUCAAGACCAUCUUCUGCUCUGUAUGCGUGCUGGAACAUCGAGUGGCAUUUGGCACUCAGAUGCCGUGUCUCAUGCGGUACUGUGAAAUAGAUGACACAGCCCUGGAUAUAGUAAGCCGUUUGCACGACCCCGACUUGAUUCUUACCCCUUCGAUACUCACACUGUGCCAGACAGCUUCGCAUCCAUUUUUGUCCGCUCUUCUCGCGUAUGACAGGCUUUCUAUUGAGAUUGAUCAGCGCACGCAAAGUACCAGCAGCGAGAGCCGGUGGAAAGAGGAGAGCAACUAUCUCUCGUACAAAAUCCAGGCGUUCGAGGAUAGCUUUGCCUCUCAGCUGAAGUCCGAUGACUGGGUCCCGGAAGUUGCUUUGGCCCCGAGUCAACGCGUCAUUCUGAAUUUCCAGGCCUUGCUCCGUCUGAGGAUUAACCAUCUGAAGAUUCGACUUUACUGCCGGCAGAAGAAGGCCGACUCUUCGGGAUCAGAGUCCGUACAUGCAACGGACUCGCUGGUUGAGUGUGCAAAAGAUACCAUCGGUGCCUGCGAGAGUCUUUUACAACAGUCUGUCCCUUUGCCUGCACUACGUUCCACGUUUGACUUUUUUCUUGCGACCUCGCUGGCCGCACUAUUCGUCGCGGUGGCAAGCAAUCCGGCCAGGUACGGCCAGCUGUGCGCUGCUUAUUUCCACACGGCUCUCGACUUGCUCAGCAACUCACAGUCAAAGUUCAAUACGCCCCGGGAAAUAUCAUGCACACUGGGUAGUCUGAGAGCCGCUGCAGAGCGCAUUAAUAUGCCAAGUGAUCCGACAGGGCGCCGGUCUCCCAGCGCCCAAGGUCAGAUCGAUAGGGAAGAGUGGCCCCAAUCCUCUCUCGAGGAGCUUUUUCAGUUCGACCCGGAAGUAAAUCUGCAAAUCCUGGAUAGGAUGCUGAUGUAA